AGCUAGGCUUUCAGUGUGGAGAAAAGAAAAGGGGAUGGGCAGUGUUAACACCAUGCAACGCUGUUCUCCAACCAGCCUCGCUUUAUGCGACGCGAGAGUGACGCCAUUUCAUCUCGCACCGGCUUCUGAAAGCAUUGUGAAAAGAGCCUGAACGUUGACUUUACAUAUUACUAAAAUGGUAAAAAUCUUUGUUGGGAACCUUUCGCCGAACACCACGGCCGAUGAGAUCCGCUCCCUCUUCUCUCAGUAUGGCAAGAUAUCGGAGUGUGACAUAGUGAAAAACUUUGGCUUUGUGCACAUGGAUGACAAAGCAGAGGCAGAUGAAGCAAUUCGAAAUCUUCACCAUUACGUUCUAAAUGGUUUGGCCAUGAAUGUGGAGAUGAGCAAAGGGAAGCCCAAGACCUCUACAAAACUUCAUGUCGGCAACAUCAGCAGUAGCUGCACCAACCAAGAACUCAGGGCCAAGUUUGAGGAGUAUGGACCUGUGGUUGAGUGUGACAUAGUGAAAGACUAUGCAUUUGUUCACAUGGAGCGAGUGGAAGACGCUAUGGAGGCCAUUAGUGGCUUGGACAACACAGCCUUUCAAGGCAAACUGAUGAGCGUGAAGCUUUCGACUAGCCGCCUGCGUACCGCGCCGGGAAUGGGAGAGAGAACGGGUUGUUAUCGGUGCGGGCAGGAAGGCCACUGGUCCAAAGAAUGCCCAUUGGACCAGAACGGCUCCUACAGAGAGGGCCCGGGCUCGGCAGGAUACGGGCCCCUCAGGUUCGGUGCGGGUGGUGAUCGUGGUGGUGGCCGGGGUUUUCAUCGCGGCUACAGUGGCGAGCCGGCCUACGGUGGCAGCUUUGCACCCUCACAUGGCUUCUCCAGGGGAGCAGGGUAUGGCGUCCCAGGGUACGGAAGGGGCGCGGGUUUUGAGAGUGCAAUGAAUUACGGUAUGCCAGCGGGCUACGGCAUUGGCGCGGAUAAUAGCAUGGCCCCCGCGUACGGCAGCGAGGCUGCGUAUGGGAACAGUGGCGUGGCCUAUGGCGGUGCGAUGCCUGCGUACCCAAUACGGCGGCCGCCCUAUGAGGAAAGAGAUCCGUACGGGGUGGUGGACUUCUACGAGAAAUAUCGGGCACGUCCGUACGGAGCCAGUUAUUUCGAAGAUAGACGCGCGGUUCCACCUCCUGUCCCUCCUCCCCCAACCUCCUCAGCGAUCGUGAGAGAGCGCCUGUCCUCCUCUAACCAUGACCCGUAUGAGCGCCAUCCCCUUCCCCCUCCUCCGGCUCCCACCUCUUCAUACUAUGUCCGCGAACGGAGCCCGAUCCGCCGAGCUCCUCUAGAGGCCGAGGGAUACGCGUACGAGCGGUCGCGCCUCUCUCCUGUCUCUUCGCAUCCCGGGAGCUCUGCGUACGAGGUACCGCGGGAUCCAUAUGCCGAACGGGCGCGCUAUGCUUACUAGCCUAGUAUCUGUGCGCACUCAGGUGUUUCUUGGUUGCUCAUGGAUCAUUUUAGAAGUUGCGAUGCAUCCUGUUUUGCCUGGGUCACGGACAGUACAGAUGGCCCACUUCCUGGCACUAAACUCCUUUUGUCGUCUUAAUAAACUUAAUGUAGCU